UCAUGAGUGACUACUUCUUCGUCGGUUGUGUUGAAACUUGAGACACACGAGGACGACCGAAGAGGGAAGUACAGUGUCGCUUGAUGUAGUUGGCCCCGCCCGGCGAGUCGUGGUGAGCGGGAGGGUUGCUGGAAAGAUGCAGAAACCACCAGAGAGAUCAAUGAGCAGUAAUCGAGUUCGUCUUCAGUGACGUCUUCGCUCCGCGAUCAUGAUAUGCAUGUCCUGCCUUCAGGACGACACCGUGCGUUCAAGUAAAACAAAUUUGGGUUGAAUAAUAGCUAGAAUUUAACACGACCAGGGCAUCAACAAAAUUUAUACGAUCCGGUCAGAUUUUGAUUUGAGUUGUAUAAGAAAAAGAAAUGCCAGCAGCAUCCUCAAUCAUGAGACUAACGACUGACGGGAGCCAUCAUCAUGCAGCCGCAAACAGUGUCGGAGCUGUUACCAGCUUUCUGGAAGAUGGUACGUUCUCUGGCACCAACAAGGCGAACAACCCUGGUACUUUCCAGGAGGUCUUUGGCAACUGGUCCGGACGAGAUAGAGCUAGCGUUUUGCUGUCGUCAGAUCGUGUGGGUACUAGCGGUGGAAAACUGGUGUUGCGCACAAAACAUCAGAAAGGCGCAGUACCAUCCUCCCCAUCUUCAUCAGCUUCUUGGACGGCGUUUUUCGAUCAUACAUAUUCCGGUACUAGGGACAAACGCCGAAGCUGGGCGUGGAUGAAAACAAUAACAAGGUCAAAUCAGGCCACGAAUGAGAAUGACAUCAACCACGAUGUUGACCUUGACCGGGGACCGAACCAAGCUUCCACAUGGAUGAACAACAACGAUAGAAGAACCAGCUUUGUGUCGCGGCAACAGGCGCUCGCCGUGGGACCAAAGAAGCUGGAGCACCUGACCAAACAGUUUGAGGCGAUCAGCCGAAAGGCGCUGCUGGCGACGGAACAAGCCCAACGCGACGCCGACGCGCUGGUCGCCGCAGCGGGCCGGCGCGCCGGUUUUUGGACCAAGUUGGACAAGUUGUUCACGCACAUGAACGUGCCUAAAGACCACCGGUUCAGCAAGCCGGUGGGCUCGGAAAACGUGGUCGCCAACCGGUGCGACCCGCUGCAGACCAAAGCCAACGCGUCGGACACCGGGCAGGAACUGCUAUCCUCGACGCGGGAAACGGCGUCGGAUUUGCUUACGCACUUGACAGAAAUGGAGACUUGAUAAUGCCACCAACACAUUGUCUACUUCAACGACAGAGUAGUAUACUUCUGUUGUAGCUCAACUUCUAGUCAUGCCUUUUUUCUCCCGCUGUUCUGUACGAUUCGAUGCACGAGGAGGACCGUGUUGGAUGAAGAUCUGUUUUUUAGUAUCCAAUAUUACAGCAACGUCCUCGAGCGGUGGAAAUAAAGCUUGCACUUGGCAGUAGGAGCUGUAGAAGUAAAACUUCUACGUUUCAAAGAUCUACUAUUACGGCCGAGUUUGAUAUAUUUGUUCUUGUUGAAUGAACCUCCACCUGACGGUCGGGUCACGGUCGUCUGGAACGGGAGUACAAUAGCGAAUCGUAACAAGACGAUUUUGCUUGCUUCGAAGAACGAACAGAUUUCUCCUUUCGCUUGCAUCAAGCUUCAUCUAUGCGCUCUUCUUCACCGCGAUAGUAGUACUGCAACAGAGGACACACAGACGCACGAUGACGUGGUCCCUCAAGAAGUUGUGUCGUGU